GUCACAUUUGACAGUGCUGACAUAAGCGGCCUGGAUUUAACCCCGUGAUUGAUUAUUUAAUGAGCCUUGUUCCAAAACAUUAUACUGGGAAAGGUCGGUGUAUGGAUUUAGGGGCAACGUCUGGCACUCGAGCACGCACCGACUACCAGAAGAGCAUCGUCAUUCAACCCUUCUGGUUGUUUUACAAGAAAAUACUGUAGAUAGCUCUUGUAAUGCAUAAUACGGAAUGACGCACCUGAAUUAUUGAAUGUGGUUCUGUGGUACCACCGCACCGACCCGAUCUCAGUCAUAUCGAGCUUGAGAUGUAGGGAUUGCAGUCGCCCUUUCUUAAUAUAGUAUUCCACUAGACCCUUCGGGUAUGCAAUGAGUAAACUUAGUGUCUGCUCGAAUGUUUGGUAUAUUUUAUUUGGUUUUACAGUAUUAUUGGCGCCGUGCCUGUGCGUGAGCGUCCACUUCGAGAACAAGGAUGGCGGCUUCUUCAUCAAGCAGUCGCCGGUGAGGCAGCACUACGGUGGACCUCUUGCCCCCGCUACUACUGCGCCGUCCUCAACGGACGCCACUGGAUCGGGGGUGGCCGCCGCCACUGCCGGGGUGCCGCUCUCUACCGACAAGUUUGUCGUCUUCCAGAGCUCGCAACCGAUUUCGGUUCGUGCUAGCUAUGGACCAUUUUCUACCAAACAGACGGUUCCAGCAAGAUAUGUGGUGCCAGAUCCGUUACCAAUGAAUACCUCAGGUCCGACGAUCGAUCUCCACGACCACUCGGCGCACCACCUGGACAUCUCUGCCCACAUCGUCCGCAGCGAAGUCCCACGGGACUCCCCGGUGCUGAGGGUACUCUUCCAUGCUGGCACCGACCCGGGCGGCAGGAGGCAGGUACUGCUCGCCAGGCACCACCAGAAGGUGUGCGUGGUACUCAGGGCGUCCAUGCAGGGCAAGACACCACUACAUGCCGCUUGCAGUCCCGAUGGAGAGGAUGGAGUCUGCUUGGCUGAGGUAACAGUUCCAUCCUCUUGGUGGCCACCGCUUCCAUCACCUAAUAAAGAGGGCGUAGUAGGAAAGCUGGUCAAGACACCACCUCGACUGGUCCAGAUUGCCUACUCGGUCCUAGAGCCAUGGCCAGAUGAAGGCGAAGGGUGUCAUCCGAAAGUCCAGGUCCAGCCAUCUGUGGUUCUAGGGAGUGUGCCUUUGGUACCCGCCAGAGGGACAUACAAGGAACUACGUUUAACUGAUGCUAUUGCUCUUCUGGUACCGCAUCCACCAUUAUUUCCACUCUCAAAAAUGCACCUUCCCGUUUACGUAGAUCGUCAAAAGGCUAAAAUGCUCACAGCCAUUGUCAUCAGGGCCAGAGUCAAAAGCGGAGUGAGAAUUUUGGAAGCAGUACCAUCAGGUUCAACAUCUUGGAACAUUACAGUUGAACUGAAUCCACGUCAUACCAGCGCAAUUGUGACCUUAGUAAGAAAAGAGCCCCCUGACCCUGAUACAACUGAUGCUGCAGAAUAUGGUACGGAGCUAUUCACCUGGCUGAUAGAAAUAACCGAAGACGCAAUCGAGAGCUACGAUGGCAGCAAAAUCGUGUGGACGGCGAGGUUCGAACCUCACCAGGACGAUAUUGACAUUGUGGACUCGCACAAAACUGAAGGCAGGAAAUCUACCACGUGGUUCGAAAUUCAGAAGGAUGACAUCCAGGCCGUUGUUCCUAUCAGCAAGAAUUGGGAAGUAAUGAACACAGCUGUACUGACAGGUCUGCAAGUGUCUCAAGCAAUGAAAGUAUUCAUCGUAUCUCAAGCGGGAAAAGCGGCGGACGUUACUUUUCAGGCAUCUUGUCAUUCGGAAGAUGAGAGUGUUCUAAAGGUAUCAUCAUCUUGUGGAUCAGUAUACGUGGACGGCAGCGAAGCUCGAGGUUCGAUAAAUGGUUCGGUUAUAGUGAAGUACGGCACCUACACAGGGAUUGCCAAAUUCAUCGUGUGGAUGCCCGAAUUUCCUUUGGAACUGGCUGUGGCUGAUACAAGACUAUCACAACUCAAGUCUUGGAGAGUACCUGAUUACCAUCCUAGUACGACGAAAACGCGUAAAAGGAAGAAGCGAUCUUACGGAUGGGGAAUGACAGCUGGGAACGACGAUAUGGGUAACGUUAUCGACAAGCCGGUUUGCCGUCUCAGAUACCAACAAACUUCCGUCGACGUAUACGCGCACUUUUUCGCAACCGAUCACGAAUCUGGGAGAACGACCUACCUCAUCAACAGAAGGACUAGCCUACGGAUCACCGAACUGGUACUGCCUUGGUUGAGAGUCAGUGACCCAAGAAUUGCCAGCUUGCAUGGUAGAAUUCUUCAAGGAAGGAGUAUGGGUAGAACCGAAGUACAGGUAUUAUCACCUAUUACCAGCAGAGUUUAUGGAUCAAAAGAAGUAAGAGUUGGCAACGACAAAGUAGCAUUAACAAAACUUUCAGUCGACGUAGUAUCAGGCUUGCAACUGAACAUAUCUCCUGACUCUACCGUAGAGAACGUUUACGUUGUAGAAACUGCUAUCACAAGGAAACUUACAGCCCAAUAUCAGGAGGGUCUUCUAGACAUCGAACUAGAAUUCUCAGACGGUACUAAGAUACCGCUACGUGACAUAUCUGACACUGACUACCACCUAGUGGUUGAGUCCCUGGAUCCUGAAAUUGUGGCUUUUGCUCCAAUUGUGGCAUCACAUCACCCACGAGUCAUCGCCGUUGGAGAAGGCAGUGGAGAUUUACUACAGGUGACACUGUUGUUAGCAGACGAAUGUAGAUCUCAGGGCAAACCAAAAGGCAAAAGUGCGAGUCCUUUGGCAACGGCAGCUGCUAAGAUAACGGUCGACUUUAGCGAAGGAGAGUUGCAACACAGACCGGACAUCCUGCAGAAUGAUGGUGGAAGCUUUAGUGGAGGCAAAGGCAGGGAGUUUGUUGACAUGGAAGAUAUUGCUGGAGGUUCUUUAAAAGAUGGAGUUCACUCUCAAAUUCCGAACGUCCAAGCUCGGCAGUAUCAAGGUAAAGGAGUUCCCAAAAAAGUAAAUUUGACUCAUUCAACUCCAUUGGAAAUCAGCAUGUAUGUCCUAUUAGCUGCUUUCUGUUGUGCCAUAGCGGUGUUCGUGGUGUCCUGCGUGGUAUACGCCUCGAAAUUCAAGCCAAUGGACGCAGGCGUAGUUGCAGGUGUGCGCCCUCUACCGGAAUAUCCCAGCAACAUAACGAUGUUACACGAGAAGCCAUUCCGGAAGCCACGUGACUCCACCACCAACGCGCAUGAUUGGGUCUGGCUUGGCAGAGCAACCGUUGAUAACUCUAACAGGAACUCAGCCAACCUUAAUAAUAAUGAUGUUCGAAUAAUAACAAAUCCCCUGAAUACGAACUACUGUGAACCGGACGACAGCUUAGCGACAUGCUUUAGCAAUCCGAACCAUGUUGAGUUACCAAGCAAAACCGAAGUGAAACCAAGAGGCAUCGAUUCUACCACUUAUAGCAGAAGCAAGGUGGAUAGAGAGAGGGAUAAUGGAAGUGCAUGGAACAAACCCAAUGCCCCUCCACCGCUGCCCCCUCACGCUACGCCACUGGUGAACUCAUCUCCUGCUCACGUUCUUGAAGAUGACGACUACCGACCUCCGAUUCCACCACAUCGUAACAUAAUAAGCACUUCGGGCAGCAACGGUAGGACUCCAACCCCCACUGAGCCAGCCCCCGUACCCAUGAGAAGACACCAUGCCAAGAGCAGCAAGGAGAAAGCGAACAGCAAAAGGUUUUCUAUGGAAAUCAAAAGUCCACACUCUUCACCACCUGGCAGACCUGUAGCAACCAUGAUGGUAGACGAUGAUGUUAGUGAUGACGACGAUGAAACUGCAGGAAACAUGUUCGAAUUUGACGAUGAGCUGCAAGUUGACAACAAAAAAGAAGACAAAAUGGAGUUCAUCCAAUAUCCUAGAUCACCAAAUGCUAAUAGCAACAGAAACAGUGGAGGCGUAAAACAGGCAACUGUUGUCGAAAAUAGAAUGUUCAACGCAAACGAAAAUGCGUCCACAGAAAAGUUGCCAUCUGAUCUUGGAGACGACUUGCAGCUUGAUAUGGAUUAUGAUCAGAUCAUGCACUACUUCGAAAAUUUGAAGGAAUCAAACGCCUGAGUGGAAGAGAUCAUUGCAAAGAUUCGCGACAUUUUGAUGUCGUUCAGCGAGCAGUACCGCUUGAGCGCGCUGAACGGCACUUCGCUCGUCUCAGAUACCCCCCGCUACCACCAAUUCGAUUUCCUAUUGGACCAUCUGAGCGAGUCGUACGCUUAAGCCGCAUCAUCACGUGUCAUAUGUCAUAACAUACGCGGACGUAGUGUCAAUUACUAACACCUUCUACAUGUACACAGAUGACAAAUCGACAGUUCGCGAAAUCAAAUUUUAUUACAAUCUUAAUUUAUUCUACCUGAAUAUACUGUAUUCCAACGUGCCAAAAGGGAUCUUAGUUGCUACUAGCGCCAUCAAUGACACAGUAGCAGUACGAAAAAAAUAAUUUAGGAACUUUGAAAAGGAUUAGGAUGUUUGGUUCUGCUACUGUGUCAUAGAUGGCGCUAUGACCUUCAAUCCCUAUUCAAGCGUAAACUAAGUAACCUUAAGAUGCUCAAUUAAAAUCGACAUUAGAGAGACGUCACUCCCAUACUAGACGAAGAUUGCGAUGAACUAUGGCUAACCAAACACUAACCUUUUUCAAACUAGAUUUCUAAAUUCAUUUUUGUUUUCCGCUAUUGUCUCAUAGCAGUUAUCUUUCAGAUCACCUUUUGGGCGGCGCAAUACGCAUAUGAUUGCCUAUAUUCAGGUAGAAUCAAUGCUAAACGUGGCGUUGCCUCAAAAAGCGGGCAGCACAACUGUAAAAUACGUGCUUUUUGUGACUUAUCUAUGCCUUGCGAGCACUGUGACGUUGCAUUGAAGUUUUGCGACACGAACUUUCGAUUUUCCAUGUUUGUACCUCCCGUAUCUUCCCUAUAUAUACCGUGUAUACCGAUAGUUAUGGCGAAACGCAAGACUGAUGUUAUCUGUUCAGAAAUUCAGACGUCUGAUUAGUUUAUUUUUGAGAACGGGUUUCUGCAGUGCUGAAAUAGAAAAUUGACGUUUCCACAGCUUAUCUAGCGUACAACUGCUGUCAGAAUUAUGCAAGUAGCCGCCAUUCUGGACCGGAAUUUAAGGAUAUGUUCGGUAAUUCCUCCUAGAAGAAUAUGGAACUAGAGUGUAGUUGCUGCUCCGUCCUCUAGUGAUCUCAGAACUUGGCAUUUAACUUGAGAAAUACCUUCAACUCAUUGCCAGAAAGACAGAUUUGCGAAAUUGACAAACAAACUGAAAUGGAAUAUUGUGAUUGCCUGUCACGUGACUCGCGAAAAAAGGAACUAUCUUAAUCUGGUUCGCAGGGAACUAUUUCAGUCAUCUUAGUCUCAUAAUUUCAACAGUGAUUCUUUGAUUAAUUUUCUGCGGGCAAUUUGAGUCGCAUUUAAUUUCAUAGAAUAAAUGAGUAUUUCUUGAAGUAUUUGCAUUAAGAAAACGAAAAAACUAAAUAUAUCGAUUUCAACUUUUAAAAUCGCAAGAAGUAUAUCAGUGGCGCUGCUUCACCUGCAAUUUCAAAAAAAAUAUAUUUUUUUUAUUUUGAAAUUUAUAAAAAAAAUUCAUUUAUAUCUUAAAAAAAUAUUUUUCGGACAUUCUUUAUUUGUAUUUGCGAUCAACAGAAUACUGAGAAACCCCGCAACCAACAACGCGCCUACGUUUGCGCUUAAUUUGGCGUGUUGAAACAGAGACCUGAAGCAGCUUUAUUUGCACCGCAUUGCUGCGUCCAGUACAGAUACGAGCAAAUACGACGGUUGCCAUGACAACGGCACGCGCGCUUCCGUUUUGGCCGAGGCAAGUGAAGCAAAUUAUGAAUUUGCGUCUAGUCUGCUCUGCAUUACUACCGAUAUCGUAUUGUGUCGAGGUUAGUUUUCAUUGUUUUGAACAAUGUUUCCUGUCUAUGAUACGGUUUGUGUUAUGUUGGAAAAAUCGUUUUCUCAAUGGAGUAAUGAUGAUAAAAAAGACUUUUUAAACUCCGAAAAACCUUCUCCGAUAUUAAAUGUAAAUAAAACCGCUAAAGUUAAGGACAAAGUGUACAGUCGAAAUUUUAAAAAAUCGUGGUAUAGUGAGUUUGCAUGGUUAUGUGGUAGCUAUUAUUUAAAUAAACUUUUUUGUGUGCCGUAUUUGAUUGUAAGUGUUAAAGCAACCGUGUGGAGCAAGUACGGUUUCAAUGAUUUCGGGAAUGUGACUCGUGCUCUUCGUAAACAUGAAGGAUCAUCGGAUCAUAUGCGUUGCGCACUAGGUUUUUCAAAAUUGAAGAAAAAUCUCACUACUAUUGAGGAUGCUUUACGCGAAAAUUCCAGGCUGUAUAUUAAACAGUUUAACGAAAACGUGCAACUUAAUAGACGUUUCAUGGAAUUGCCAAUACGCGCUGUCCUUUUUUUGGGCAAACAAGAACUGGCGUUUCGUGGCCACAACGAAGAGACGACUUCUAUUAACCGUGGAAAUUUCAAAGAGCUCCUAGAAGCAUUUGUAUCUAUAAGCCCUGUAGACAUUCAGCAGCACUACAAAAAAAUUGCCUCAAUAUUUGCGGGCAAUUCUAAAACCAUUCAAAACGAAAUUAUUGACUGCAUUGUCAAAUGCAUUGAUGAAUAUGUGGAAAAUGAAAUAAAGGAAUGCAGUUUUUUUUCCAUUCAGGUGGAUGAUUCCACCGAUAUUGCCCACAAAUCGCAGUGCAGCA